AUGAAAUCAAGAAAGAACAUCCCAAAUGAAUUUUCCUUGGAAUAUGUUAACAAAUCUCACAUUGAAUCUUUCGAGAGAGCGCUUGCAUUGAAUCCGGACACUGAUCCUAAUGAGCACAUUGUUGCUGCCACCGAAUUACUCCCAUUUAGACAACCUGCACCCUCGACAGCAGAGGGAAUAACGUAUCAGUUGUUCAGGUUUCCAUUGAUGAUCAUCGCCUUUGCGUAUAUACUUGUCGAAGCUAUUCUUUAUCUCAUUGUAAGAGCAAUUGUUGCAUCAUGGGAAUAUAUUGUUACAUAUCUACAUGGAAGAGGAACCAAUCUCACAAAUAGUCUCAAGGAAGCAAGAACAUAUAAGGAAUGGGUUGAUGUAGCAUUAAAAUUGGAUGCGUGCUACGGCUAUGACAAAUGGAAACAAGAAAUUCCAUUCCGAUAUUAUGACUACAAUCUAUUGCAGAAAGUGGAAAGGGAUCUCAGAGAAUUUAGAAAAGGCAAAUUGGCUGAUCCAUACGCAUUGAAAAAUUUGUUAAUUCACUCGGUUAAAGGAAAUUUUGCGGGAGUAGAGAACACAAGACUAUACACUCAUACUCAUUAUGGUACCAAGGGACUAGUAGAAUCGUAUAUUGAUGAAGUGACAGAAUCUCUCGACCAUCUGCGCAAAUCCUCCCUCAUUUCGCACAGGGAUAAACACCGGCUAUUUAAAUUAGCGUGCAAGAACUAUGGCCGUACUGCCCUUUGUCUGAGUGGGGGAGCUAGCUUCGGCUAUUAUCACAUCGGUGUAGUGCGCGCACUCUAUGAUGCUGGUCUGCUCCCAUCGGUUAUCACGGGCACCAGCUCUGGCGGUCUUAUAGCCGCAUUAACGUGUACCCAUACUAACGAGGAAUUAGAGCAAGUGCUACGACCAGAAAUCUGUUCCCGCCUCAAUGCUUGUGGGGAUUCGAUAGAUUUGUGGCUGAAGAGAUUUUGGAAAACCGGCGCUAGAUUCAGUGCUGUUGAUUGGGCACAUAAAGUUCAAUGGAUUACGAAAGGGAGCUUGACUUUUCGAGAAGCUUACGAGAGAACAGGAAGGAUACUCAAUAUUUCUGUUAUCCCGUACGAUACACAUUCUCCUCCUAAGCUUCUUAAUUAUAUUACAGCGCCUGACUGUGUAGUAUGGUCAGCCGUGAUUGCCAGCGCUGCAGUACCGGGCAUAUUGAAUCCAGUUGUUCUUAUGCAAAAAACAGCGGAUGGAUCACUCGUGCCUUAUAAUUAUGGACACAAAUGGAAAGAUGGGUCGUUACGCACGGAUAUUCCACUACAGUCUCUCUACACUCUGUUUAACGUCAAGUUUACUAUAGUAUCCCAAGUCAAUCCUCAUAUUCACAUAUUUUUUUAUGGGCCUCGUGGCUCAGUCGGUCGUCCAGUUGUUCAUCGUAAAGGACGUGGAUGGCGAGGGGGGUUCCUAUUAUCUAGUCUUGAGCAAAUGCUUAAAUUAGACUUAAGCAAAUGGUUGAAAGUGAUCAGAGAUCUAGAAUUGAUGCCACCUGUAGCCGAUCAGGAUUGGAGCUCUGUCUGGCUACAGCGAUUUGACGGCAAUAUCACUAUUCUUCCCAAAAUAACACUAUGGGACUAUUAUUAUAUACUAUGUGAUCCAGAUUAUCGUCGUCUAUCCCACAUGAUUACAUAUGGUCAACGAGCAGCAUGGCCAACAUUGAAAAUGAUAUCCAAUAGGUUAAAAAUCGAGCGUGCUAUUGAGAAAGGACGACGAACGGUCAAGCGUGAGCAAUACCGGUUGCGUCGGCGGGUAGAUUGUAAUCAUUAUGAUCACGAAGACACGGAAAAUACUUCUGAAUCAGUCGAUUCAUCUGUUGGCGGGAAUAGCGGAUCGAGCGAUUCAGGUGACAGAAAUGAGGGAAAUGAUGUUGGAAUCGAGUAUGCAAAGAGAUGGCGCGAACAUAGCGGGCUAAUAAGGAAGAAAGGACAUUCUUCGUAUUCCAUCUCGAUGUCGCAAUCCGAUGAUGAUAGUUUUUGA